UUCAUACAACACUAAAAAAUUUCUUUUUUAAAUUGAGUUGUCAAAAGAAAUGGCGGCUUUGCUGUUAGAAUAUCGAAAUUAUUAAAUAAUUAACUGAAUAACAAUCCAAAAUGCAUAUAAAACAGGUCAUUAUUCAGGGUUUCAAGAGUUAUCGUGAACAAAUUGUAGUUGAACCUUUCGACAAAAGACACAAUGUGGUAGUGGGUCGUAACGGAUCUGGAAAAAGUAACUUCUUCUUCGCUAUACAGUUUGUGUUGAGCGAUGAGUUCUCACAUCUGCGGCCGGAGCAGCGGCUGGCCCUCCUCCACGAGGGGACCGGGCCUCGGGUCAUAUCGGCCUUUGUGGAAAUCAUAUUCGACAACUCAGACAACAGAAUACCAAUAGAGAAAGAUGAGAUCUUUCUCCGGAGAGUUAUUGGAUCAAAGAAGGAUCAGUUCUUCCUCAACAAGAAGGUUGUACCAAGAUCGGAAGUCCUCAAUCUGCUUGAGAGUGCCGGCCUGUCCAAUUCCAACCCUUACUACAUUGUCAAACAGGGAAAGAUCAACCAAAUGGCGAUCGCUCCGGACUCCCAGCGGCUGAAGCUACUACGAGAGGUGGCGGGAACCCGGGUGUACGACGAGCGACGCGAGGAGUCUGUCACUAUACUGAAGGAGACUGUUGGGAAGGUGGAGAAAAUCAACGAGUUCCUCCAGACCAUAGAGGAGCGGCUGAAGACACUAGAGGAAGAGAAGGAAGAGUUGAAGGAGUAUCAGAAGUGGGACCGCGCGCGGCGCGUGCUUGAGUUCAUUAUACACGAUACCGAGCACAGGGAGAAUAAGAGGAAACUUGACGAGCUAGAGAAGAUGCGCGCCAACAGCGGCAAGGAGCAGCAGCACUACGCGGACAUGGUGCGCGAGGCGCAGGACCACGUGCGCGAGGCCAACAGAAAACUGAAAGAGGCAAGGAAAGACGUGGCGGCGGCUCGAGAGGAGAAGGACAUCCUGUCCACGGAACAACAGCAGCUGUUGAGAGAGAAGACCAAGUUGGAACUCGGGAUCAAGGAUCUUACUGACGAUGUGGACGGGGAUAAUAAGUCUAAGGAAAGAGCAGAGGCAGAGCUCGACCGUCUCCGCCAGCAGAUCUCCGAGAAAGAACGCGAGCUCGAAGAGUUGAAGCCGAAGUACGAAGAGAUGAAGUCUCGUGAGGAAGAAUGUACUCGGGCAUUAGCACUGAACCACCAGAAGAGGCAGGAGUUGUAUGCGAAGCAGGGACGAGGGACACAGUUCACUUCCAAGCAGGAUAGGGAUCGGUGGAUUGAGAAGGAACUCAAGUCGCUAAACAAGCAGAUAAAAGACAAGAAAGACCACGAGACAAAACUCCGCGAUGACUUGAAGCGAGACGCCUCUAAACUGACGGAGCUCGAGAAGAGAAUAGAAGAGACUACAUUAGAGAUGGAGAGACAGAGAGUCGCUAUCGAUGAACACAACAAGCAGUAUUACGAGUGCAAAAAGAAGAAAGACCAGGAGCAGAGCGCUAGGAAUGAACUGUGGCGUAAGGAGACCUCGCUGACACAAAACUUGUCCUCCCUGAAGGAAGAUCUGGCCAAGGCCGACCAAGCACUUCGCUCCAUGGCCGGAAAGCCUAUCCUGAACGGGCGCGACAGUGUGCGCAAAGUGCUAGAGACGUUCCAAGAGCGCGGCGGCGACUGGGGCAAGAUCGCCACGCAGUACUACGGACCUGUGAUUGAGAACUUCACGUGCGACAAGACCAUCUAUACCGCUGUCGAGGUAACAGCCGGCAACCGUCUCUUCCAUCACAUAGUGGAAUCAGACACAGUAGGCACCAAGAUCCUGAAGGAGAUGAACCGACAGAGCCUGCCCGGCGAGGUCACCUUCAUGCCGCUCAACCGACUGCAAGUCAGGGACAUGGUGUAUCCUAAUGACAAUAACGCAAUAGCCAUGGUACAGAAGCUCAAAUACGACCAGAAGUACGCUAAAGCUAUGAAGUACAUAUUCGGCAAGACGCUCAUCUGCCGGAACCUGGAGUGCGCCACGGAGCUGGGCAAGCAGUUCCACCUCGACUGCGUCACGUUGGAGGGUGAUCAGGUAUCCUCAAAAGGUUCGCUGACCGGUGGUUACUUCAACCAGUCGCGGUCUCGUCUAGAAAUGCAGAAGACCCGUUCAGAACUGAUGGAACAAAUGACGACACUGGAGAAGGAACUCAACACGUUACGACAAGAGCUGAACAAGACUGAGACGAGCAUAAAUAGCAUCGUGUCUGAGAUGCAGAGGACUGAGACGAAACAGGGGAAAGCUAAGGACAUAUUCGACAAAGUGAAAGCGGACAUCAGACUGAUGAAAGAGGAGCUCGCCUCAAUAGAACGCUUCCGCGGUCCCAAGGAGAGGUCACUCGCGCAGUGCCGGUCCAGCCUCGAGGCCAUGCAGGCCACCAAGGAGGGGCUAGAGUCCGAGCUGCAUCAGGAACUAAUGGAGCAGCUAUCCAUGGCGGACCAAGGCAAGGUGGACGAGCUGAACGACGCGAUCCGCCGCCUCACGCAGGAGAACAAGGAGGCCUUCAGCGCCAGAAUGAACCUCGAGGCUACGAAGAACAAGCUGGAGAAUCUGUUGACUAAUAACCUUAUUCGGCGUAAAGACGAAUUAGUCCAAGCUCUGCAAGAGAUAUCCGUAGAAGAUCGCAAGCGUCGCCUCUCCAAUAGCAAGUCGGAGUUAGCGGCCGCUGAGAAACGCAUCAGGCAGAUUAACAAAGAACUAGAGGAAGUAGAGAAGAAAGUGCAAGCCGCCGUCAAGAAUGAGAAGGCUUUGAAGUUGGAGCUGGAUAAGUGGCGGAAUAAGGAAAAAGAAGCCCAAGACAAGAUGGAGGAAGACGCCAAGGGUCUCGAGAAGAUGGCGUCCAAAGAAGUGUUGCUCCAAGAGAAGAUCCAAGAGUCGCUGGAUAAGAUCGCGGCUCUGGGGACCCUGCCCAACGCGCCAGAGCUGCACUCUAAGUACCAGAAGAUGUCGCUUAAACAGCUUUUCAAAGAGUUGGAGAAGGCCAAUCAGCACUUGAAGAAGUACAACCACGUGAACAAGAAGGCCCUGGACCAGUUUAUCAGCUUCUCCGAACAGAAGGAGAAACUUUACAAGAGGAAGGAAGAACUAGAUGUGGGCGGCGAGAAAAUCCGCGAGCUAAUAGAAACGCUCGAACACCGCAAGCUCGAAGCGAUCCAGUUCACGUUCAAGCAAGUGAGCAAAAACUUCACGGAGGUGUUCAAGAAGCUGGCGCCGCAGGGCCGUGGCUCGCUCGUCAUGCGCGUUGCUGAUGAAGCUGCUGACAUUAACGCCGACCGCGCGAACUCCGACCAAUUCACGGGCGUCGGCAUCAAGGUCUCCUUCACCGGCGGCGAGGGCGACAUGCGCGAGAUGAACCAGCUGUCCGGCGGGCAGAAGUCGCUGGUGGCGCUCGCGCUCAUCUUCGCCAUACAGAAGUGCGACCCGGCGCCCUUCUACCUCUUCGACGAGAUCGACCAGGCUCUCGACGCGCAGCACCGUAAAGCUAUCGCCAACAUGAUCCACGAGCUAUCAUCAUCCGCUCAGUUCAUCACCACGACCUUCCGACCGGAGCUUCUGGAACACGCUCACAAGUUCUACGGAGUCAAGUUCAGGAACAAAGUGUCGCAUGUUGAAUGCGUCAGCCAAGAGGAGGCCAGGGACUUUGUGGAAGACAGCCAGACUCAUGGUUAGGGCUGGUAUUUUGGUGACUUCAAUACAGAGGGUCUAGUACAGGUUUCAUAGUUUGUCAAAAACUAUAGAAGUUUACGUUUUCUCGCAUACAAAGCGUCUCUAGCGGAAACUAUCAUGAAACUUUUGCCAGAUGAUGUAUGCAGAUGACAGGAGAAAACGUAAACUUUUUUCGUUUUCGUAAAUAGCAAAACUCGUACUAGAUGCUCAGACACCGCCUGAGCAUAGGAUUGGAGAUUGGGGCUCGGUUAGUUUUGUAAUUGACUUUAUAUUUUUAUUUAGUGAUUGUAUUUUUAUUUAUUUUAUACAAGACAUUUGUAAUGUUCGUUUCGAUUAUUCCCAACGGGCUUGGUUGGAUGAUUGACGUAAAUGAUAAAUUCUGGAUUUCGAAUCGCUUUCCAUUUGAUUAUUUUAUAUGAAAUUUAUGUUAGUCGUCCUAUUUUUAGAUUUUGCUACACUAUCUUGUUAGGUUGUAAGUGAUAGCUAUAAAAUAUGGUAGUUUUCAUUAUGUUCAUAUAUUUUGACGUGCUUUAUUGAAAACAACUGUUUUUUCAAGCCUAAAUAGAAAAAUAACCCUGUCACCCUUGCAUCACUACGUUAGUUUGAAAUAAUUGUUAUUUUAGUAUGUAAGUGAUGUUUGGGUGAGUAAAAUAUCUUGACUUAGUUACUAAAUAUUUUAACAGUAAGUUAUAUACUGUGUAAACUCCGUUCAGCGACUACAACAAGCUUCUAUAAAGUCAAAAUUACUUUGAUUGCUUUAUAUGGUAAAGCAAUGCGAAUAGCGCGUCACAACACUCACAACAUAGUAAAAUAAAAUUAUUGUCAAGUAGAAAAGAGCACUGUAUAUGGCUGUUGUUGUUUUUAUUGUAUUAACAGAUGUAUGUAGUUAGUAAAUUGUACUAGUAGUCACUGACCACUGUAUUAGAAAAAAUAUGCAUAUUGUGAUUUUCUUCUCUUUAUAAACCACUCUACAUAAUUACAAAUUUAGUAAGUAAUUUAAGUAGAUAAAAGCGCCGCUGUAUGGAGGUUACACUGUAUAAUAAAAGAUUCCCUUUUUAUUAAAAA